CGGACGAUAAAGUUUAUUUCAUGUGACUCUUCUCAUCAGAGGGUUGUGUCGGAGCCUGAGGACAUCAGGAUGAUGCUGAACGACCGUUGGACCAUCAUGAACAACAGCAGCUCAGAGCUCGACAGCAAGCGACCCAACACGCACAAGAGGUGCUGCAGUGUCUUGUUAUGGUCUGUCGUCACGCUGGUCGUCAUAGCAGCCGUUGUCACAGCAACUGCCACCAUCCUGUACCUGAACCAGUAUCCUCUACCGUUCAUCAGCAGGGGUGGAGUCUCCUCACCUGUGAUUUCAACCAAUCCUAAAGACUCUGGUGCCCUGGUGACGGUGUCGCGUGUCGUGGAUGGAGAACCAAUCAGCAUCUUCCUGGACCCGAACUGUCCGGACUUCAGCGAGCACUUUGUGCGCUGGGAGGCGCUGCAGAGCUCGCUGCUGAGAACACUGUCCAAUCACAACACAGAUGACUGGCAGGAGAGGGGAUUGGUCCAGAAGCUGGCUGAGGAGCUGAAAGUGUUAGCAGGCCACGCCCACAACCUAAGGCUGGAAGCUGAUUCGCUGAAAAGAGGUCAAGGUGUUCUGGAUCAACGGCUGGACGGACUGCAGAGCGAGCAGAGCCGUAUCAUCCAGGUAUUAUCUGACAGCCACUCAGGUGUGGUGAAGCUGGCAGCAGGUUUCAGUGAUUCUCUGCUCAGCCUACAGAGGGAGACAGAGAGUCUGAGGAGGCUGAAGAGUGAGCUGAGCCGAGAGAGCACGCUCACAGCUCUCAGACCCAGAGACUGCAGCGACAUCCAGGCCUCCGGCGUCUCGCAGGACGGAGUUUAUUCAGUGUUUCCAACCCACGACCCCGACGGCUUCAUGGUUUACUGCGACAUGAGCACCGACGGAGGAGGCUGGACGGUGUUCCAGAGGAGGGAGGACGGAUCCGUGAACUUCUUCAGAGGAUGGGACGCCUACAGAGACGGCUUCGGGACGACCACCGGAGAACACUGGCUGGGUCUGCAGAGGAUCUACUCCCUCACCAGGUCUGGUGGGGUCGAGUUGCGCAUCGACAUGUCGGACUUCGAUAACGCCACAGCAUUUGCUCAUUACUCUGAUUUCUCUGUUGGCCGAGACUCCGUGAACCCUGAAGAGGACGGAUACCCACUGGUGGUGGACGGGUACUCUGGGACAGCAGGUGACUCCCUCCUGAAGCACUCUGGGAUGCGGUUCACCACCAAAGACCGGGACCAGGACCAGUCGGAGAACAACUGUGCAGCGUACUACCAGGGGGCGUGGUGGUACCGGAACUGCCACACCUCCAACCUGAACGGGCAGUACCUGAGAGGAGGCCACGCCUCCUAUGCUGAUGGAGUGGAGUGGUCCAGCUGGACGGGCUGGCAGUACUCGCUGCAGUUCACUGAGAUGAAGAUCCGGCCCAGUACCAAACCCAUGUCCUGAACAUCUGAGCCCGCCCCAUCAUGAACUCCAGCUCCGCACCAGCACAAAAAGUUUCAUAAAAUGGAGCUAAAACGUUUAGUUGUCUCUGCUGUUAUGUUCUGAUCAAUAAAGUUUGGUAUUGAUGAUUGAUUGGUGAUUGUGGAGCCGAAUGUUUCAACACUAGAGUCUCUGACUGAAGCCCCACCUCCUUCUGAUCUGGUUCGAUAAGCUGUGAUCGGUUUGGAUCACCUGUCAGACAGCUGGUGGGAUCCUGUUAAAUGUGUUACAAGCUAAAUAAUCAAUAAAG